AUGCCCACACGAGUGGUUCGGCAACACUAUAACCUCCAGACAAUAUCCAUUCGUGGCUACCCAUCCCGGAAACAGGUAGACUCAGUAGGAGCGAUUUUUGUCAACCGUGAUGGCGACCUUUUCGCUCAUGCGCUACAAUUUAUGAGAGACGGAAAACGUACUGCAAUGCCACAAAAUGCCGAAAUCCUCCGACAAUUGGUGCGCGAAUCCGAAUUCUUCGGCAUGGAUGUUUGGAAUUCGGUAUUGCAACAGCGAUUGGCAGACGCAGAAGAACGGGAAAACAAGGUCGGUGAGGUUUGCCUGAUAGCAGGUGGUUUGAAGCAACAUUGCGCACCAUAUCAUUUACUUGGAGUGGGAGGCUGGAAGGACCACGCCCAGUCCGUGUUAUUUGUAUGGGCAGAGACGGUCACUCUUCCUACCUUCGUUGUUUAUGCUCUGCUCCUCCUUACCGUGUUGUAA